AUGAAUGCGAUAGUGGAAGCUUUUGCCUUCUUCCUGGGCUUUCUGGGCUGGUUGAUGGUUGGGGUUGCCCUUCCAAACCGAUACUGGAGGGUCUCUACAGUGGAUGGUAACGUUAUCACCACAUCAACCAUCUAUGAAAACCUAUGGAUGUCCUGUGCAACUGACUCUACAGGAGUUCACAACUGCCGGGAUUUUCCAUCUUUGCUCGCACUUAAUGGGUACAUUCAGGCCUCCAGGGCGCUGAUGAUCGCUGCCAUUGUGUUUGGGACAUUUGGGCUCACGGCAACUCUCGUAGGAAUGCAGUGCUCAAAAAUAGGAGGAGAAAACUACAUCCUGAAGGGGAGGAUUGCUGCAAUAGGAGGAGUUUUCUUUUUACUACAAGGGAUUUGCACCAUGAUUGCUAUAUCCUGGUACGCAGCCAACAUCACACAAGAGUUCUUUGACCAGUUUUACGCAGGGACUAAGUAUGAGAUUGGAGAAGGCCUAUAUAUUGGCUGGUCUUCAGCCAUACUCGCCAUUUGUGGAGGUUCAUGCCUGAUUUGUGCUUGCAAACUCCAAACCCCCAAUGAAAAAAUGCCGUAUCGAUACCAACAAUCCUCCAGAGGACACGUGCUCUCAACUCAGGCAACAUCUCAGUCUGUCCCAAGCAACUACGGGAGAAAUGCGUAUGUCUGA